AUGGAGGACGAGUUGAGGUUGUGCACCCUACGGCUGCUGACCAAGUUCCUGGAGCACUGCACCUGGAGGCCCACCCCAAGUCCCAGCCAUACCCAAUGUCGCUGUGAUGUUGAUACAGGAUUUCUGGGCUGGAUUACAUGGUAUUGCCCUGGGCAGGAUGGUUCCCUGGAUUCUUUGUCUCUCAUAAGACCACCACCAGGCCACACGCAGGCACCGAAGGCAUGGGAUGCCACUGUUGUCCAGGACUGCCAGAGCCUGGUGACCUUCUGGUGUGGUUGGCUCAUGGGGAAACACGGUACCUGGGGGAUGGAGGCACAAGGCGGCUGGGAUGGCUUGUGUCACAGCUUCAUCCCUGAACAGCCACCUUGGGGCAGACUGCUGGUUCAGAGUUAA